CGAGCUCGAGAAGGCGAGGCCUCAUCAAAAUACAACUCCCAUCUCGACCCUCGCACGCCGAGCCCCGUCGUCCAAUCUGAAUAUAUGGGAGGAGCGCGUCCGCCCACAAAAGCCACAGCUAUCUCACAGUAUCUUCCCCUUAAAAAACCAAUUGUGCACGAAAAAAAGGAGAAUACGCGUUAAAUACAAACACUGGUGACGGUGUGUUUUCGGUGCGCGACGGACGGAGACGAGGCGUCCCCGCGUCGUGCUGCGAGAGGAGCGGCGGCGACAGGCAGGAGCAACGGAGAGGGUGUUGUCCUGAUGCUUAAAUGGAAGUGGGUGGGCCUCUACGGUCACACACUGCCAACUUCUCUGUGGAUAUUAUUCUGACAAGCGCCAAUUUGCUCGUAUAUGGACUGGCUUUACGGUAAAAGAGACAUACGGAGUGGCUGCGAGGGUGCCGGUGAUGUUCACUGUGUUCUCCGUUAUCUCCGUUAUCUAAGGACUGUUUGAUUGUGCCUGCGCUUGGCACCGCCCUUCCUGGCCGGUGGGUGGUUUCGUCAAACGGGCAGAUCCGACACGGCCCAGCGCCGAACAUAUAGCCCGUCCUCCGCCUCCGUACCCGGCCGGCCUUCUACCGUGAACUACACCCUCUCUCUCGGUAUAUUAAUGCGUUAUGAGUGACUCCAAGAAGGAAUCAUCUGGAACUGAAGGAGGGAAAGCAUCAAAGAAGGGGACAAGUUCUGGAUCUCAGGAUUCCUCGCAGCCCUCUCCGUUGGCCCUGCUAGCGGCCACCUGCAGUAAGAUCGGAGGGCAGGGGGUAACGGAGGGGGCUCAGGCCCAGGCUCAGGCCCAGGCUCAGGCCCAGGCCCAGGCUCAGGCCCAGGCCCAGGCCCAGGCUCAGGCCCAGGCUCAGGCCCAGUUGGGGGCCCAGCAGUUCCAGCUCCAGGGAGGUCAGUUCCAGCUGCAGGCUGGUCAGCUCCAGGGUCAGAUAGUGUUGGACGCAUCUGGAGGUCAGGCCCUGGUGCCCCAGCAGCUGGAGCUGGUCCCGGCUCAAUUCACGGGGAACGGCUGGCAGAUCAUCACAGCAGCGCCCACUAUGGCCAAAGAGAACACCAAUCAGCCUGUUGCUGUGACGGUGGCCACCACCUUGGCUAAUGACAGCUCAGCGGGUGGACGCAAGGUGAAGGCAGUAGCUGGGAUCAACAGCAUUGCAGCCAAUCAGCAGCAGCAGCAGUUCCAGAUCAUCCAGGUUCAGAACCUCCCAAAUGCCGGCGGCGGGGUCCAGUAUCAGGUCAUCCCUCACCUGCAGACGGCAGAUGGGCAGCAGAUCCAUAUCAGCUCAGCAUCCUCCAUCGGGGCUCUGGCGGAGCAGGUCCAGCUCAUCCAGACCCAGAGUCCAGGCCAGACCCAGACUAUCCUCCAGCCAGCCAACCAGCAAACCAUCCUGACAAGUACAGCCAAUCAGACGGUCCCGCUGCAGAUCCGCCCAGCACAGUCUUUCCCCAUGCAGCUGCAGACUCUGCAUGGAUCCCAGACUCCUGUCAUGACCACAGUACCCAUAAACCUAGGUGGCAUGACCCUGGCUCUGCCUGUGAUAAAUAAUGUUGGAGGGGGUGGGGCUGUGCAGCUCAUCCAAUCAGCAGAUGGCACAUUCUCCGUUGCCAAUGGUAACCAGCUAGUGACAACAGCAGUGUCUGGGGCAGCUCCCCUGACAGCCUCAACCGGCACGACAGCAGGGGCCGAGGGUGACGGCGCAUCAGAUGUGACACAAGUGGUUUCUAUGGGAUCAGAGGGUGGACCAGCUGACACCCAAGUACAGAACAAUGAGGCAGACUCUCAGAACCAGAACCAAGCCAACGGGCUGCAGCACCAGAUAGAUACAGCAGGAAGCAUUCAGCAAGUGAUCGUGGGCCAGAUGGGGCACCAGUUUGUGCAGCAGAUCCAGCUGCAGCCUCAGAGUCAGGCCCAGGGGCAGCAUCAGCACAUUCAGACCAUCCAGCUGGCCCCAGGACAAACCCUGCAACCCAUCCAGGCCUUCCAGAACUCCGCCCAGGUCCUUAUCCGUACUCCAACCCUGUCCCCCUCUGGGCAGAUCACCUGGCAGACACUGCAGCUGCCCGGCGGGGUCUCCCUGCAGGGUGGACUGGGGACGGCCAUGCCACAGCAGCUGACACUGGCCCCGAUGUCCGGUGGGACGGCAAUGGGGAGUGGAGGGCUGGUCUCCCUGAGUGGAGCACCGCUGACGCUGAGCGCAGCCCAGAUCAACCCAGGGUCUGGGGUACAGACUGUCAGCAUCGCGGGGCUGGGCACGGCGGGGGUUCAGGUGCAGGGUGUUCCCCUCACCAUUACUGGUCUACAGGGUCAACCACAGGGUCAGGACGGGGUAAAAGUUCAGUCGUCUCCAGUAACGGUUGCUGUUGGGAACGUGGCAUCAGGGUCAUCGAUGAGUCCAGACCAGCUGGGCUCGGUCCAAAGCUCUUCUGACCAGGAGGGCCUGCCCAGCAAGAGGCUUCGCCGUGUUGCCUGCUCCUGUCCGAACUGCAGGGAUGGAGAGGGAAGGAACAGCGGGGACCCCACAAAGAAGAAGCAGCACAUCUGCCACAUGGAGGGCUGCGCGAAGGUGUACGGAAAGACGUCCCACCUGAGGGCCCAUCUGCGCUGGCACACCGGAGAGAGGCCGUUCGUCUGUAACUGGAUCUUCUGUGGCAAGAGGUUCACCAGGAGCGACGAGCUGCAGAGACACCGGAGAACACACACAGGGGAAAAGCGUUUUGAGUGUCCAGAAUGCUCCAAGCGUUUCAUGCGCAGCGACCACCUCUCCAAGCACAUUAAGACCCACCAGAACAAGAAGGGCGGAGCUGCGGUGGCCAUCAUCACCACUGAUGACAUGGAGGAUGAUGCCCCUGAAGACCUGGACGCCUCUCCUCAGAUUGUGGCGACCCUCUCUCGUGACUCUGACCCCGCUACACCCACCACCUCUAAUCACAUGGAGGAAGAGGAGGUGGAAGAGGGGGAGUUUGAAUAAGCAACAGACUCCUGUUGCUUUGCUGAAGGCUGACUUCCUGUUUUUUUGGGAGUCUUUGCAGGGACUUUAGGGGUGGCUACUUUUCUUUUUACAUAAUUUAAAAAAUAUUCUCAUGAAAAAGGGAGUAAAAGCAACAGGAUUACGCAAUUAACAGAAACAAAUAAAUAUAAACAUUACAAUUUAAAAAUAACACACAUAUAUUAACAGAAAUUUAGCCUAAACAUAUGAAAGUUAGUUUGGCAUUUAUAGAGUAAAUCUAAAAUAAUUCCAUUCACUGUGGGGAAAGGAAUGCAAGAAAUGUCUAGAUUAGCACAAGACAGGGGGACCUGCAGAAUCUUAAAAAACACCGAGAGACAGUUUCUUAAUCGCAACAGAAUUGAACUCUAUGCACAAGGUUGUGUUCCUGUUUCAUACCUGUCAGACAGUGCUGAGGGUCAAUCAUUGUACAGGACUGUUGCAGAGCAGUGAUAGGGUAGUCUUGGGAGGGUGGGCGUGUGUGUGUAUGUGAUCUGUAUGAAUGAGCGUGCGUUUGAAUUCCCACGCUGUCACCCAGAGGAUCUACCUAAUUUGAGUUUCUUUUUCAUGGUUCAGGUUUAGUCCUCUGAUCAGGUUCAGGUGUUGAUUCCUUUGAGACCAGUCAACGGAUAAACUGUUAUUGUAGAAGAGAGGGAAUACAAAUUAAAAAAAAGAGUAGAAAAAAGCACACAUAUAAAAAUGUUUAUAAAAAAUGCAUUCCUAUUGAGGCGCCGUGGCCAUGAGGAAAAAAAAGCUCUAUAGAUUAAAAACAAUCUAGCUUUCUACAACUUUGUUUGUGUAGUGAAAGCAAUACUUUAAUGACAAUCCUAGUGAAACCAUGUUUACAUUGUCAGGGGAAGUUUUCUCUGUUAAUAAAAUUAGCCAGUUCGCUCUAAGAUUAGUGAGAACAUCCGAAAGCAGUGCUGUCGUCCGAACAAAGAGUGUUACUCUGCAGACACCACUGGGUGGCUUUGCCAUCACAGUAAUUUUUAUAUGAUAAGCGACCAUCAGAUGGUACAUUUUUGUUGGACAGCAGCACCAUCACUGAUGUUGCUUUUUGCUUUCUGUGCUCUGGUGACAAACCCUCUUACCCUGACCGAUGUACCACAAUUGCCUUAACACAAGCUGUUGUACAGAAGGAAUCUCAGCGUUAGCCGGAGGGAGAAAAAGGGGGAGCCUCUUGCAUUUUUAAAGGGUGACAUGGAGAGGGCACCACAGCACAGAGAGCUAAGAUGAGACAGAGGGAGGACAGCUGUGGGUGGGUCAGGCUAUUUAGCUAUGUGGAUAUUAUGAAAUGUUUUCUGGUGGUGUUGCUCUGUGUUAGUUCAGUGCGUACAUUAUUUUUAAAUUUUAAAAAAUCAUAUAAUUUUAUAGAAUUUAUCUUGUUUUAAAAAGUCCCCUUAAAGUAUGUUAAUACACAGGACCCCACUGUGUACGGCUAAUUUAUUAUUUAUCCUUGAUUUGUACUAUUUGCCUUUUGCUGGACUUGUAUUUGUGUGCGUUGAUUCUGAGGUUGUGUACAGCAUGUUUGAGUUUUUUGCCGUAGUGCUGCUUCUCUCUUCUUUACUCUUUGUGCUUCUGUUUUCUUUUUCUACGUCUGACCAUUGCCGUUUUAUUUCUUCUUCUCUUUGCGCCAUAACUUGUUUUUGGAGAAAAAUAUAUAACAAAAGAAGAAGUAAGCAAAAAAGUUACUAUUGUUUAAAGUUGAAAAGGUUGAUACCAAACAGAUUUAGAUGUUUUUGGUAAUAUUUUGUGGGACAACCAACUUUUUCUUUGAUAUUUUGUAGUGACAUCUCAUUUGUAAAUCUUUUUCUAAAAGAUGUUUCUUCGUCUCCAUGACAUUUGAUAAUGGGUUUUUUGCCAGGUUAGCCUCAAAGGCCCCAGUUUAUUGAUAUUUUUCAAACUGGUUUGUACAAUUGUGUUAUGUCUAUAAAAAAAGAAAAAAGGGACAACCUUGAGCAGAAAAAAUAUGCUUUGCCUGCAUAACACUUGACAAUAAAGUGAUUAAAACUGUCUCAAAUUUCA